AUGGAUCGCCCCGAGCCGGGACUUGUCAAGUGGUCUCCCAAGGCCUCAAUCGAUAGUUUUGUGCAUAUUAACCUGCAGCAUCGCGUUGUUCAGCUCUACGAGCCCACUGGCCACGCGCGCGCUGGGAGGUUUGACUAUACAAAGGGCAGCAGGCACGACGAUUUCCCCCCUCUCACGACGUAUGACUGGUCUCCCGAGAACCCAAACCUGUUGGCCGUUGGCACCGGCGCCGGAAUCGUGAACCUUUUGAGGAUCGACGAUAACUCCAAUGCAUAUGUUGAAUUGGGGCUUAAGAUGGCACGGACUUGCCAAGCCGUUUCCUUCAAUACGACUGGCCUUUUGGCCGUGGGUUUGGAUCGUGUUCGAAUGGACUCAAGUCUACAAGUAUGGGAUGUCCAUCGUCUAUCGUCUGUGACAUCUCUAGGGAAAGGUUUCCCUGAUAACUGGGGCAGUCUUUCAGAACCCAAGAGAUUUGAGCCGAGUGUGUCAGUCUCGAGUAUCAAGUUCUUCGAAGAUAGCCCCCAAGUGUUGGCAGCCGGCAUCAAGGGCCAGGGAGUCAGGAUACACGAUCUUCGUGAUCCAACUGGCGUCCUCACUUUCCACACCAAGUGUAAUAAUAACCUAGCAAUCGACUACGCCGAUCAAAAUUACUUCGCAUCCUCAGCCCUUGACCAUCCUGGAGUCAUGAUAUGGGAUCGGAGAGCAACCUCUCGCCCCGUAGCCUCUCAUACCUACAUCCAAGCCGUUGAAGAAGACGAGCUCCCUUGGGGCGGAGCCUUGCGCCUGGACACCGUUGUUGAUACCGAUUCUGAUUCCUCCAUGGCUGAAGAGAAGCAUUCCCUCAUCCGCUCUCUUCGUUACUGCCGUGAUCACCGUGGUCUCCUAGCUGUUUUGUCCCGCACCGGACAGCUCAAGGUCUUGGAAACCAACAAAGAACUCCCGUCGUCAGACGCCGUCCCACAUGAGGGCCCUGAGCUGCUUAAAGUACAGCGAUCUCACGAAAUGGAUGUUUCAUACCGCGACAACUCUAGAAAGAAUGACAGAAUUGUCUCAUUUGAUUGGGUGACGCUAGGUUCAGCUGCACUACGACCUAGACUUUUAGUCUUGCGGGCAAAUGGCGGGUUUGAUAUCCUGGAACAGUCUUCUCGUACGGCCGAUCAUAUCUUCAAGCUUGUGCCUUGGCAAGCCCCUCAUCGCGGCCUUGAAGAGAAAACACCUUACCAAGAUUUAAUGCGGUUUGAGGCCACACAAGCGCCCAAGAUGCUUGCCCCUAUAAUCAUCGAGAAAAACCUGUCUGAUGUUUCAAUAUUUGGGCCGGACAGGGUGAAUGUUGAGGCCAGCAUCGAGAAGGCUCUGGACCCAAAAACGCCAAUAUCCAUUGUUGUCGAAGCUGUGGAUGAGAUCAAUUCGCCUUUGCCCGAGACUUUUGAAAAGGCCGAGACAAUUGCAGAAAAGCUUCGCAGUCUACGCAAUUAUGUACGGGAUGAGAGCAUUGCUCCUAGCUCGCCCGACGAAGGCCAGCCGCAUGCCAGUGAUGUGAGGCGGCUAGGUAACGGCAAACCUAGCUCCGCAUCCAUUAGCUCUAAUGGCAUUGGCUCUUGCAGAGAGAUCCAUGAAGCACUUCUCGGAACUCUUGCUUCCGCAUCUGGGCUUCCCAGAGAAGCACAGUCUGUAGUGGAUCACGUAAAGCUUUUCCGUGCCAAGGAGAGAUACCUGUUUGAUGCUGUAACCAACAGGAAUGUAACGUCUGACGACCCUUGGAAGAGAUUCGUCUGGGAUUGGAUUGGUGACGCGGAACGAGCCGCAGAUGAUGGCGGCUUAAUGCUCUCUCACAUGGACCUCAGUUACUUGGGAGUGCAUGCAAUCUGGACAAACAAUCUUGGAACGGCCAGGCUAAUCAAAAACUUUACACCUAAAAAAGGCCGAAACCCAGCAUCUCGCGUAUCUGCAGGUGGUCACGUUCCCGAUGCUUAUACUUGGGAACGCUCUAUCGGGGCAUACUGUAAGAAGCGCCAAUUGCCCAAAUUUGACGGCGUCGUGACGAGAAAGCCUCAUCAUCGCCAGCUAUGCCUUGAAAUAUGCGGCUGGGGCGAUGACCAGAAUCACGACCCUAGCGGCCUGGAUCGAGAAGCCGACCCAGAAUAUCCAGCGGGUAUCCAUACAAUGGCAGCCUCUAGAGCUCUCUUCAGGGGCGACACGAAACUGGCAGUGGAGAUUUUGAAAGAAGCUAGCCCAUCGCAUCCGGAGCUGCUCUUCGUUUCAUUAGCUCUGCAGCUCAUAGGCCGAGAAGGCAAUCAGCUUCCUAAAGAGAAGUUGGACAUUGACGAGGCAGUUGCGUCAAAGACGGACCCGUAUCUUCGGGCGAUAUCAUCCCUGAUAGCUACGGGUGACUGGACCAUCAUCGCCAACCAGUCUUCGUUGCCCCUUGCCGACAGAGCCUAUGUUGCGUUUCGCAACUUCACCGAUGACCAGCUUACUGCCUGGCUCAACGAGCAAGUCUCCCGUGCCGUGGACGAGGGAGACAUCGAAGCCAUCUGUCUGACUGGCAUCACUGACACCAUGGUGGAUAUCUUUGCUCGCUAUGUAGAAAAGUUCAACGACUUCCAGACCGCCACGCUCGUCAUGUCCAUCUGCGCUCCUCGAUACAUUGAUGACAUCCGCUGCCGAGCGUGGCGGAAUGCAUACCGCGCCUAUCUUCAGCGCCAUCGCUUCUUUUUCCAGCGCACCAAGUUUGAGGUGGAGUCUACCAAACGCUCCAAGCGUGAUGGCGUCCCUGCACUCAAGCCCUCGUCGCGCCAGAUUGCCCUCCGUUGUGUCUACUGCGAUGCCAGCACAUCUCUCGCCAAUCACCACAACGCAGCGCCCGUGGUGCCCUCGUCCACCAUGGAGACGCGCAAUCCCAUGCUCGCGACCAGCAUCAACUCUGGCGUCAGCUGUCCUAACUGCGGGAGACACCUUCCUCGCUGUAUCCUGUGUUACGAGGUUGUCGGCGUGCCGCGGUCGGAUAGGCCUGAAGAGAGGGAGGAGACUCGCAUGGCGAGCCGGUUUCCGACCUUCUGCCUCCGAUGUGAGCACGUGCUGCACUUGGAUCACGCCAGGGAAUGGUUUGCGAGGCACGCUGAGUGUCCGGUGCCAGAAUGCCGUUGUCGCUGUAGUUUCAGGGCGAAUCCGGAGCUGAACUAUCAUUAA